AGCCGUCUAGCCACGGCUAGUCCCUAGUCACCCAGCCAUCCGUGCACUCAGCUAACCCAGACCUGGGAAGAGGUGGUAUGACGUGUUCGGCCUUGUGGCGUGCCUUGAAAUUUGAUCAUUUAUCUGCAAGUGGUGGUUUUUAUGCUUACUUCGGAUGUUACCGUGAUUGCGGCACAGUGCGGCGGAAUAAAGGCAUGCAGUUGGGAUGAUGCGCAACUGUCCUAAUUUUUACUGCGGACAGUGGGACUAAAUCUUCCUUGUGAAGUAACCUCAUCGAACUGCGUCAUCCAACGGCGCUUGAUACGACUUGGUGCGGUGGACUGGAGCGUGCAAGAUGGGCGACUAGCAUGCUUUUACAGGUGCGUGGAUGAAGUUAUCGGAAUCUGCCACUCAUUUGUGUCCAGUGCCAGCAUUGACUUCCAUUGCACCAUUGUACAGCACAUUUCUGCAUUGUGAAGCUUGUGAGUUGUGAUCAAAUACUGCCGAGGCACUUGCAUUGUUCAUAAGACAGCCCAGACGCAAGACGACCAAAGCAACCUAUGUUUUCUUCUAUGCUAGAUGUUUAGUGUGCUUCUUUAUUCUUUUUUUUUCUUUCCUGUUAUGUAGUCAUCCACCACUGCAUUAGCGAAUCCUAGUAUGUUUCAAAUGAGUGGUGCCGUUGCUUCAAAUAAUCCCAGCUUUUCCCUUACUGCUGCGGGAACUCUGAACAGUGAAGGACUUGUGAGGCAGUAUAGUAGUUUCAGUUCUACUUACCUUGUUGUGGUAAACGCAAUAAGCCCAUCACUCGUGUCAUAUCAAGAAAAUUGUGAUGAUACAGUAUCUUUUGAGGUGAUUCCCACACUUUUGCCAUCACCAUUAUCACCAGUUACACCCCUGCACUUGGUUACCAGCACCGCUUGCCCGGUGGCAAACCUUGUAAGACCACCGUUUUUGCAAACAGCUCUACCACAACUUGCAGCUGCAAAUGUAGAAUCGCAUCCAUCCCUAAGCCCAAUUUCAGAGAUGCUGCCAUCAUUUCCAUCAUCCCAACCUUCGUCAUGUACUAACUUUGUUCCAGAUACCCCAUUGCUUAAUCAGAUAUCAAAGGUAGGCCGACGCACUUCUCGUUCCCGGCCAAGAGCCUUCCGUCGCUUGUUGCCAAAGGUAACCAAAGAGUCAGUCAAACCAUCUGUUUCUACUGAAAAUGCAUACAGCUACAAGGGUCUCAAAGCCAGUGGAAUGAAUUCCAACAGCAACUCUUCAACAAUGUGCGAAGCAUCAUCUUUCAGUCAUCUUGGAGGGCCUGCAACAUACUGCCAGACUUCUAGCUCAACAUGCAUUGCUGCAAGUGCUUCAGUAAAGGUGCCUGCAAGUGUGACUGUAGCAUCAGAGGCUAACAUAAAAGUGACAAGCAAUAUGAUGCUGCCAACAAAAGCUACAGAAACAUCACCAUCAUUGGUGGAAAAAGAGAAUGAAGUUGUAGUGUGCAAUGUGGAAAAGCAUGCAAUGCAUAUGCAGCCCAGUACAGUGCAAACAAAGGCUUCUAAGCAGAACACAAACUCCCCAUGUUCUGACAGUUACAGUGUACCAAAACCUAAUGGGUCACCUGUUCACUGCACUAUCAAUAACUCGAGGGACGAAUUUCAUGUAAUAGAACCUUGCACUUCUACUGGCACCCAGAACUCUACAGGUGUUUUCGUGGAUGGAGAGAAUGAAUCUCUUAGCAAUUACCGUCUGUCAGGAAAAGAAGGAAGGUCACUGUGUAUUGAUGACUCUGUCAACUUGGAGCAAGACUUUCUUAAAGAAGAAGCUUGCUUUUCAACUGCCUCACAUAAUCCUACACGAGUUGCCAUGGAACAGAACUUGCUUGAUCUUGACCGUUACUGCAUAUCCAAGAAAAGUGACGGGUCCCUUCAUGUUGACAGUGCCACCGACCACUCAGGGCACCAGUCUGUUGAAACAGUUUUAGAUGUUUGUGAGGGAUGUACCACCCUUAAUUCAGGUGAACCAAUCAAGAACUUCCAUGCUUUUGGCACUUACUGCGCAUCAGAAAAAAAUGAGACACAUCAUUUUGAUGGUGCUGUCAAUGACUCAAAGUGCCAUUUAGAUGAAACAGUGCUGGAUGCUUGUAUUACGAUGCAUGUUUCUGCAGGGAUGACUGUAGGUAAUGAAAACUCUCAAGAUCAUCGCAGCUGCUCUCCCUUAGAAAAAAAUUGCUUGUCACAAGUUAUAGACCGCACUGUCACCAGCUCAAGUAGUCAAUCCCAUGGACAAAGACCUGACAUUCAUAUUAAUUCUCAUAAUGCUGAAAGCAUUUCUGUGGACAGAAAUGUCUCGGUACAGGAAAAAGAAGUUUGUCAUCUUGUUUGGCAAGAGACUGACAUUGAUUCUGAGGAGGUUUUCUCCUUCAGUGAUAUUGGUUGUGAGCGAGAGAAGGCUGAAGUGCAGGGUGAAGCGAACAGUUGCAGUGAUAGUUUAAAGCUUGUUGACAGCAACAGGCAACCUGAAAGUAAAGGAGCAAAAUCGUCCUUUGUUCGGAGAAAGCAACCAGUACGGGCUUGCAAAUGCCUACAUCUAUCUGCUGGCAAUAAAACUGCUGUAUUGGAGCAAGAACCUCAAAAGGCAAAGAAACUAGAGAAAAUGCACCUGAUCAUCUCGGUGCCAAACUGCAUUGGCCGUGCAUGUGUUGUUGUCAUGGGUAGACUAAAUGAAAAGAUGAUAAAAUCUGGUCAUGUUAAUUUGACUACUGUGAAGGAUGAAAAUCUUUUCGUGAAAAGUAGAUCACUUGAAGUAAAAUUGUUCCCAGGAAAAAUUAUUUCAGUUGCCAGAUAUGCAACUUUACAAGACGUCUGUGAUCAACCAUCAAAAGAGGAGUCUGCUGAACAAACACAGGGUGAUAAUUUGUCAAGACUACUGGAGGAACGGCGUGCCUACAUAAGCCAGCUUCACUCAGUUUUUCACACUACUGAUCACAGCUCAAUAUGAUGCAAUAGUAUUCAGUGCCAUAAACUGUUCUCCAUUCUCCUUCAUUAAAUUUCUUUGUUAGCCAUUUGUCAUGUUCUAUAGUAUUCUAGAGGAGCAUUGGUGUCUUCUGUCAAGAAACUAUUGUUGGUAACUUGCAGUGUUACAACCAAACUGAUCAUAGCAUGCAACUCUUAAAGGGACACUAAAGCGAAACAAUGAAUCAGUUUAGACUAAUAAAGCAUUGUUGGAGAACCCUGCAGGCAGUCAUUUCAAAAUAGUAGUUUGAUUAUUAGAUGAGAAAAUGAAGGUCGAAGUAUCGGUAAUUGAAUUUCGCGCCGAAACGCUGCUACGUCAGUGUGACGUCGGGGAUUCCAAAGUAUGUUUUCGUAUUUGGGCCGCGUUGGCUGAGUAACGGUUGCCGAAACUUGCUAUGUUUAAUAUUUGGUUCCUUUGGAACACAAUGUAGUCCAUCCGUACCGCUAUAUAAGGAAGUAGGUCCUAGAAGAUGCCUUCAAAAUCCAUGACGUCGCAGCAACCAGGCGCGGGAACUUCAAGGAAGCAUCGCAACCCGUCUUUCGUUCUUGCACUUUUUCUUGCUUGCCAAGCUUCUUAUUGUGGUAAGAGUGGUGUUUUUAGUGUCGUAGAAAGGUAAUUUACUGAUGCACAAGAAAUCAUUUUUCUCUUUAGUGUCCCUUUAAUUUUAACUAGGCAUGUUCCAAUUGUGUACAGCUGCUUUAAAUGAAUAGUUCCUUGCUGUCAUUAUGUGUCAACCACCAAACCACACGAUUGUAAUUUUUACACAGCCUGUGUUUGUCAUGCCAUUGUACAAAUUUUUAAAAAAUGCAUAUUAUUUUUAAAAGAACAUGAGCUGUGAUAUCACCACUCCUUUCUUUACAAACACAGAAGUGCAGGGAUGAUGCUAAACCUUGCGUGUAGUUUGAUCUUCUCCAUUCUCGUAUGUUGUUGAAAUAAAUCUGUUGAUGGUACCGCAAAAAAGCUUGACUUUGCAUAAAGAUUUACAUCUUUUAAUUUUGUGUGCAGCUUUAGGACACUUUCAUUUAGAAUGUUGAGCCAUGUAUAUGACAAAUUUGCAUGUGUACCCUUCUUCGUCUAACAGUGUAAUAUGAAGGCUAAUGCAUUGCUAUUUUGUGUUUUACUCAUGCAUCAUGCACACUGUGUUAUGUCACUUAGAAGGGCCCUCCAACACUUUUAAUAUCAUUGAAUUUUAACAUCACACAAUGACAAAUGGAAAUGAAUUGUGGGAAUCAGCCCAUGUGACCAUUAUUCAACCAAAAAAUUUUGAAAUGCAAAGGGAAAGUUGCUGUCGUGUCAUAAACCAGCAGCUUCCAUUGCCUUUUUCACUCUCCCACUGAAACAAGCUGUCAUAGCCGAUACCCAAGUGCCCAACACAUACACACACACAACAUUUACAUACAAUUGUUGCUUGUUCACUGCCACCUACUUCAAGCAAAGCUUUCUUUGCCUCACUGCCAAAGUUUUGCAUUCAUCAUCAUUUCCUAGCCUGGUAUAUUUCUAGAUUUAUGUAUAGACAACUUGGCCCACUGGGUAUAUGCUGGCUGCUGUCUUGUCAAGCAAAUUUGGUUUACUGGGCAUGUGCAAUGGCACUGGUUAGUAGUAAUUGUUAGCAUUAUUUCUUUCUUUUUUUCUUGCUGCUGGAUAAGCUCCUUAGUCCAGAAGCCCUGCAACAGUAACUGCCUUCUGUGUAUGUGCCCAUUCUUGGCCAAUCAUCCAGGAUAAAUGCGCUACUGUGACACAAAGGGUAUGAAGCCCCGAGUGCAUUUAGGUAUGCGUCUUGCUUCUUUGUGCAUACACCUUUCAAUUCUUCCCUCAACAAGCAUUGUACGUGGCCUUCAUCCUAGUGACAAACAUUUAGCAGCUAGAGACGACAAGGCUGUGCUUGUGUCAUCACUACUGCUGCUACCUCGCUAACCAAGAAAAAAGCUUCACGUCAUUUAGAUUCCAACAUUGUGUUACAUAUGCGGGUUUUCUACACAUUUGUUUGGCAGCACUCGUCACACGGUCACAAUAGCCAUGUAGAUUAAGCUCAAAGGAUGUUUAAAUUCUGAAUUGCAGUGGCUGCUUUUGACAAUGGGAAAUGAGCACCAAGUGAAUGCUGAAUGCUUACAAAACAGACAGUGUCAGUGCUCUGAAAGUGUUAAAGUAUUGGCUAAAGGCAUUGCUGGAUGCUACCACAUAUGAUAGACACAUGGACAUACAAGAAUUUUAGAAGCCGUAAUUCACAAAAUGAUUAAUCAUGGUGCCAUGCUCUCAGUGAAACCAUUCAUUGCAGGUGCAGUGCUUGACGGCACUGUAUGGUGAUGCUAGUACGACUUCCUUGAUUAAAUGGGCAGGUCAUAAUAAAUACUUUGAUAUUUGUGCUGCAAUAAGUGCAGAACUCAUCUUAUACCACCAAAUACUCAACCAUCAAAAGAAAGCCAGUAACAUAGUGUUGGAGAGCACCUUAAAGACCUUUGAAAAGCAAGUAACAUCAUACUUGUUCAUGUUUUCCUCUGCUAUUCUAACCUGACUUGUUUGGCAAAAAAUGGUUAAGCUUUGCCUGCUGAUAAACUGCAUAGAGAGCAUUAAUGCUGUUCAAAAAAAAAAAAAAGUGCGAAGUACAAGCACACAGUUAUUUCAUUUUCAUAUGCUACAAUUAUUUUGUGUUUAAUGCAACCACGGUACAACCAAGAUCUGCUGUUAGCAAGCUCCUGUAUGCACACUUUGUAAUUGUUCUGUUAUUUGUGCUGUGUCUAAUGUGUGCUGGCUUACUGUGAUUAACUUGUCAAUAAAGGCCAACUGCAACGACAUUCUGCCUUAACCAAUUUGAUUAUAAACGAGUAGUACAUAUUGAAGCAGUCUUAAAAAGCACUUAGCAGAUCAUGUGUACACCUGGUGGUUAGAGGACAUAUCAUGUCAGUCCCAACAUGUCACCUUGGUGAUUUUUCUGUGAGCAGUAACAGUGGCUGAGGAUAGCAAUAGGGGCUUGUUAGUACGGCAAGCGCUGUGUAUGUCGGAUGUGCCCUCUGUUGUCCUUGUCAAGCUUGCACUCUAACAAAUUAAAGUAACAGUGGCGUUUUUCAAUUUUGGUGUCAAAAAGGUCUAUCUUUGCUAGAUUUUCAUGACUCAUCCGCAGUAUUUCGCAUGCAACAUUUUGCACAGAGGCUGCUUAUGUCUGCGCACUCUGAGACUAGGCUUUUUCACUGUCAAAGGUUUUGUUGCAGUUUGCCUUUAAGUAGACGACUUCAUUAUAAUGUGGAAGGAAAUCUGCUAGUUUGUGCAUGCUGUCUUAACCAGCUACCAUACACACAGCACAACACCCAACAUGCUUGUACUGUUUACUGCAACAUUUCCUAUUUUUUCAAUGUUGUGAAUGCCUCUUCUUUUAUGCUGUUUUACUAAAUAGUGUGAUAGUACAAAGUGGUUUGUACAAAUUCCUUUAAUAGCUCUGAUGUUGAAGUUGUAUUGAGAUUUCAUGCACUGUUUUGAACUGUUAUUGUUGCUGUUACUGAGAGAUUUAUACCUGUAAUAUAUGCUGCUCCCAUUCUUGUUGAAGCCUUCUCACUGGGAUGCACUUAAAGUUGGCGUCCAUGUGAAUGUAGCGCAAAGCUACAUGUAGCUACGUGCACUCUUAUGAAUAUAGUUUGAAGCUGUUGUGCCA